AGACGGACGUUUACGAGCGCAGCACUGCAGCACAGAACCAGACCACUCCCGCACAGCCCACUGCGUGUCUCCGUCCACUCGCAUCGCAUAUUCGCCGGACGGCGGACGACUCCUCUCCUCCGCCGCUCGCCCAGGUCACCUGCUUCUGAGCUUCUCCUUCUCCAGACUCCAGUUCUCUCGAGGAGUUGAGCAUUGGCGUUCAGGUUAAGCUCCUAGUGAAGGAUGCAGCACGAUGAGGUCAUAUGGCAAGUUAUCAGACACAAACACUGCAGCUUCAUGGCAAAGCUACAGACAGGAAUACUUUGCCGGAAUCCAUAUAACGUCACAGGUUUAUGUAACCGCACCUCCUGUCCUCUAGCCAAUAGUCGCUAUGCCACAAUAAGAGAACAUGAUGGCGUGUUCUAUCUGUACAUGAAAACAAUAGAGAGGGCUCACAUGCCAAACAAAUUAUGGGAAAGGGUCAAGCUGCCCAGGAAUUAUAUGAAGGCCCUUGAAGUGAUUGAUAAGCAUUUGAUAUAUUGGCCAAAACUUCUUCUUCACAAGAUAAAACAAAGACUAACUAAAAUGACUCAGAUGCGGAUACGGAUGAGGAAGAUUGCUUUAAAAACAAGAGAGAAGAUAAUGACCACACCUAGAAAAGAGAUGAAAAGAGAAGCUCGUAGGGAACAAAAGGCUGAAAAAGCAGCUUUGCUGGAAAAGAGCAUAGAAAAGGAAUUGCUUGAACGUUUAAAUAGAGGAGUUUAUUCUGGCGACAUAGUCAACAUUAUCCCGGUUGCCAAGUACAAUGAAAUUCUAGAUAGAGAAAGUAUUGCCGAAAAAGAGGACGAAAAGGAGUAUGAGGUAGAGUAUGUUGAAGGUUAUGAAGACCUAGAAGAGGUGGAUGAUAUUGAAGACUUUGGUGGCAGAACAAUUGAAGAUGCGCAUGCAGGAGUUGAUGAAGCUGGAUUGGACGAUGAUGAAGAGGAGGCUGUUGCAUUUCAUGAAAGGAUUAAGAAGCCUGGAUUGGGUUCAAAAAAGCAUAAGAGAGACGACCUAAGUGCAUAUUCUAAGAAGAAACCCAAAGUGCUCGUUGAGGUUGAACAUGAUGAUGCAAGUGAAAGACAAACUGCCGUCCAGUGAGAGCGUGUUGGGUUUCUUUCGACGUACCAUCAAGCAGGCUAUAAAGUAUAGACUGUUGUGGUUCACAUAUUGAGUUAUUAAAGCUGCACUGCAGUGGCAUUAUGGUUUGAAGAGGUGUUGCAGAAGAUGUGUUCGGUCUUUUUUGGCCCACUUCUAGUUAUAUUGCAACUUAUGACUCAUUUUUGUCCUUUCAUUUUCAUUUAGUUUAUUACAUAUGCAUUUCCUCACUUGGAUUUUGUGUAUUGAACGAAUUUCCCCCUCAAAGAAUUCAUGUUUAUUUUUUCCACUGCUUUUUGCUGAUUGCUUGUGGGCUUGUAUCUUGAGUGUGUUUUAACUCAAUAGACAAACCACCAAAAUUAGUUUGGUAAUUGAUGAAAAACACUUGCCAUUUUAUUAUACUCCCUCAAUCCUAAAUUGUAAGAUACAUUAACUAUUCACUUGGUCAACAUAAAUCACUUUUUAU